AACCGCGGGGGGAAGUUCAGUUAAAUCGCGUCCGUCGCGGCGAGCGCUCGCGUUGCGUGUAAUCGGAAUGCUGGAAAACCAGUCGGCGGGAUGGCGGGCUUCAGAUUAAGAUUUGCGCUAUGUUGAAACAUGCUCAGCGGCCGCCGGCGGCAAACGAUGCCGAACAUCGCUACCAAAACAUGCCGCGGCGGCCGCACCAUCACAUCCCCCUGAAUGUCUCCACAUUGGAUUCAUCCAAACACUCCGUCGGAGGAACUUCGGCUAGCGUGAGCCCGGGAGCACAACCACAGAACACAAACCCACCCGUGCCAGUCGUCGCACCCAUUCCGGUGACUUCUCCACCUAAACUGGCUAAUGGGAACGUAACAGGGUUGCCAUCAAGACAAUCCUCAAGAAGUAGAAGCAAUAGAGCUGCUACGGAGGAAGCCUUAACAUCCCUGGCGUUGUUAUGCCUGGUUAGCUUACUCCUAGCUUUGCUAGCUCUUCUAUUUCUUUUAAAAAUUUCUGCGCCUGCGACGAGCGCGCCUGAGGAAUUUGCGGUGGUGUAUGAAGUGACAUUAGCCCUAUGUGCCUUAACUUUAUCAUUGAACCUCUGCUGUUUGUUGGUUUGUGCUAUUCAGUUCCUGUUUGCGGUGAAGCUGGUACAUUCCCCGUCCGCGCCGAAUGGCCGGUCUAACAAAUAUUUGCAGAAGUCAGCCAUCACAAGAGUCUGUGCCGUCGGAGGCUUUUUUAUUUCUAUACCCGUAUUUUUAACAGGUAUAAUACUUUACACAUUUAUACAAUUCCAUUCAACACCCGCAAUAGUCACAUCGGUAUUUAUUGGCGUGGGCAUUAUAUUCUGCGGGUGCGCUAUGGUUCACAACGUCUUCGUAUGGCAGAAGGAAAAGACCAAUUUGGUGAAAGCAUUUCGUACGCAAGAAAUUGCAAUGAACACGUCAAACGGGGUGGUUAUGAAUGGACAUUUGAAUAACACUGGAGUCGGCAAUGUAAGCUUUCACCACAGCAUGACUGCGCCGUAUACGCAUCCAAUCACGCUUUUGCAGCAGGGCGGGCCUUAUAUUAUUAGGCCUCCAACGAGUACACCACCCGGUGAAGGUGCGGCAACUCCAGGUGUCCCAGCUGCUACCAUCGAUUUAAGCCACGACACACACGAACUUAGCACACUUGUUUAAACUCCACAGACUCUAGCAUAGCCAAUCUUAACACAACUGUCAUAUAAAUUCUGUGAAAAUAUGUGGCAGUCAUAGUUUUCUUUACUAAUGUCCAUUGUAAAGUUACGGCUAAGGAUUUUUAUUUACAAUUAUUUAAAUUUAGAACACUAAGGGCCUGUUUCACAAUGUAUGGAU